GCAGCUGCUGUAUUAUUUAAUUUAUUAGAGUUAGUGGCUUACUUAAACAAGGUGCAUCAGUAAGCUUGGAUCCCCUCUAUGAAGAGCCAGAUACCUUGUUGUUCAUGGCCGCUUGCGAUUUGGUAGGUGAAAAUGGUAGUGAAAUCAAUGGCUGCAGCAACAGCCGAGAAAGCCCUGUAACAAGCGCAUCCAACAGCAGUACAUCAGAGGGGAAAAUGAUGAGGAAGCGGAUGGCUUCUGAGAUUGCUGACUACCACAGGUUUCCUCGCCGCAGCCUUCCUUCUCAUCCUCCCUCUGAGAACAUGGGUUGCUCUUUCUUGGCAGCGGCAACCACUGCUAAUAACCCUAAUCCACUCCUCAACUACUCCACUAUGAAUUUGAAUACGACCAUAAUCCCUUCAGCGAACUUGACCGCCGUGACGUCAGGCGGGCCUGCUUUUUUAUGUACAACCACCUCAAACAUCACUUGCAUCGACAACCUCUCCACUACUAAUCCUCCGCCCCCUGCCGUCUGUGGCUUCUCGGGUUUGCCUUUAUUUCCACCAACAGACAGAAACCGAAACACCGUCGCCGCCUCCACCACAACCGCAACUACUGCCCCUGUUGCUUUAACUCCGAUCUCGAAUUCUAUGGAUGACACUUCAGCCACGGCAUGGAUAGACGGUAUCAUAAGGGACCUCAUCCACACCUCCUCUAACGUCUCCAUUCCUCAGCUCAUCCAAAACGUCCGGGAGAUCAUCUACCCCUGCAACCCAAACCUCGCUGCCCUCCUUGAGUACAGGCUCCGUUCCCUAAUGGAUCCACUUGAAAGGAGAAGGAAGGAGACGCCGCCGGUCCAUCUGCCCGCAGGCUUGAUUCCGAGGCACCACAGUCAGCACCAACAGCAACAACAUGGCUCCUCUGGACUCACGCUUAACAUGGAUUCCGCCCUAGAUAGCGUUCCUAAUUACUCCUUCACCGAAUCUUGUGCCAUGAGUCAGUAUUUGAACUGGGGGAUAACUCCACUUCCCAUCUCUAACAGCGCAGCCACAGGUAGCAACCAACACCAUCACAAUCAGAUUAGCAGUAGUCCUUCUGCGCCUACACCGCCGGUUCUUUCGCUAAAUCAGACGCAGCAUCAACCUCAAGUACCUCACCAGGCUCAGGAGCAGCCGCUGCCAGAAGAAAAUUCUUCCCCAGUGGAGAAGACGACGACCUCGACGACUACUACAACGCCCACGUCCACUGUCCAAGCAGUCCAAGCAUGCAGCGUCAGAGACAGGAAAGAGGAGUUACGGCAGCAGAAGAGAGACGAAGAAGGGUUGCACCUCUUGACCUUGCUCCUGCAGUGCGCUGAGGCGGUUUCAGCUAAUAACUUUGAGGAAGCAAAUAGGAUGUUGUUAGAGCUCUCGCAACUGUCAACGCCGUUUGGGACGUCUGCUCAGCGCGUGGCAGCAUAUUUUUCGGAGGCUAUGUCGGCAAGGCUGGUGAGCUCGUGCCUGGGAAUAUCCGCUGAGCUGCCAUCCAUUCCACAGAGCCAUACCCAAAAGAUGGUAUCGGCAUUCCAGGUGUUCAACGGGAUAAGUCCAUUCGUCAAGUUCUCGCAUUUCACAGCCAAUCAAGCCAUACAAGAAGCAUUCGAGAGGGAAGAGAGAGUGCACAUAAUAGAUCUUGACAUAAUGCAAGGCCUGCAAUGGCCUGGGCUGUUUCACAUUCUUGCCUCAAGGCCAGGUGGGCCUCCGCAUGUGCGCCUCACGGGGCUGGGAACCUCCUUGGAGGCGCUGGAGGCGACCGGGAAGCGUUUGUCUGAUUUUGCAGACAAACUGGGGCUUCCAUUCGAAUUCUGCCCGGUGGCAGAGAAGGUGGGGAAUUUGGAACCCGAGAGGCUCAACGUGAGCAAGAGGGAGGCCGUAGCAGUUCACUGGCUGCAGCACUCUCUUUACGACGUAACUGGUUCUGAUACCAAUACGCUGUGGCUCUUGCAGAGGUUGGCACCCAAAGUAGUGACGGUAGUAGAACAGGACUUAAGCCACGCCGGAUCAUUUUUGGGAACGUUUGUGGAAGCCAUACAUUACUACUCAGCCCUGUUUGAUUCCCUAGGGGCAAGCUACGGCGAGGAGAGCGAAGAGCGGCAUGUGGUGGAGCAGCAGCUGCUUUCGAAGGAGAUACGAAAUGUGCUGGCAUUAGGAGGCCCUUCCAGAAGUGAGGAGGUGAAAUUCCAUAACUGGAGGGAGAAGCUGCAGCAGUCUGGCUUCAAGGGUAUCUCUCUUGCUGGCAAUGCAGCCACGCAGGCUACCCUGCUCUUAGGCAUGUUCCCAUCUGAUGGCUAUACCUUGGUUGAGGACAAUGGCGCCCUCAAGCUUGGUUGGAAAGACCUUUGCUUGCUUACUGCUUCUGCCUGGAGGCCCUUCUAUGCUAGUGCUGCGAGUGCCACAACUAUCCACCGUUGUUCCCACUAGCUUUUCCUUUUGUAUGCUCUUUGAUCUGCCGCUAAGAUGUUUGUAUGUCUUGAGGGAUCAGUUCUGCUUCAAAGGAUACGAAUGUGUUGCCAAUCACCAUUUGCCCUUACAAUCAAUCUGUAUUCCCAGAUCAUACUUAUUAUUGCUUUCAAGCUUUUGCUUGACGGUAAGAUGUGACGCAUCCCCUACACCCUACCCUCUAGUGUUAGUAUCCUCACGCAAGCUAAGUUAAAAGUUUCCAUUGCAUCAUAAUGGCAAUGUUUUAGAGGCUCUAUGUUUUUCCUUAA